UUAAGAAGAUCUUACGUUCUGGCACAUCCCUGUUCAAUAGACAAUCUUUGUGAGCACCGAGACUGGUGUUUUGUUUUCGGAAGCCAGUGGCGACACUUGGAGACUUUAGCUAAAAGAGUUUAGUCCAAACAUGACCUGACUAUUGUGCUGCAGGCCCGUCCGCCCAGUUCACCUGACCAGUGUGUGUAGGAGAGGAGGCGGUGGUGGCGUGCAUAUGGGCAGCAGCUGGAGGUGGCAGCUCUCCUGGGCCAUGCGAGUAGCGAUGCGCUGGUGCCGCCUGUGCUGCCCACAUCGAGGAUGGCGAGGUGGGAGGAACAGCGGGAAGGUGCUGCAGCUGUGGGGCUACAGUAAGCUGCUGCUCAAGUCACUGUAUUACAACAGCCUCUGCAACUCGGACACUCUGCUGGACUGUGCCUUCGAGCCCAUUUAUUGGAUUGUGGAUAAUUUGACCCGCUGGUUUGGGGUAGUGUUUGUCUGUCUGGUCAUCCUCCUGACCACAUCAGUCGUGGUCAUCGUCUACUUGUUUGUCCUACCCACAAUCCUCAGCACCUACCCAGUACACUGGUUCAUCUGGCACCUCUGCUGCGGCCACUGGCUUCUCGUCAUGGUGGUCUUCCAUUAUUACAAGGCCGCCACCACCUCCCCAGGACACCCACCUAAGGAAAAAAUUCAUCUUCCCUCAGUGUCAAUCUGUAAGAAAUGUAUAACUCCAAAGCCACCCAGGACACACCACUGCAGCAUCUGUGACAUAUGUGUUUUGAAGAUGGACCACCACUGUCCCUGGUUGAACAACUGCGUGGGCCACUUCAACCAUCGCUACUUCUUCUCCUUCUGCCUAUACAUGACCCUUGGCUGCAUCUACUGCAGCAUCAGCAGCAGGGACUUGUUUCUCGAGGCCUACGGCGCCAUAGAGAGUUACUAUCAGACCCCCCCUCCAGCUUAUACCUUCAGAGAGACCACUGCUCACAAGAGUAUCAUCUUCCUCUGGGUACUGACCAGCUCGGUGGCAGUAGCUCUGGGAGGACUCACCUUGUGGCACGCCAUACUGAUCAGCAGAGGAGAGACCAGCGUGGAGCGCCACAUCAACCGUAAAGAGACCAAAAGACUGAAGGAGAAGGGCAAGGUAUUCAGAAACCCAUAUCAUCAUGGCAAAAUGAAUAACUGGAGGCUGGUGUUAGGCGUGGAGACAAAGAGCCACUGGUUCACACGGGUCCUCUUACCCUCUAACCACCUUCCCAGAGGGGACGGCAUCAUGUGGGAUAUCGUCAGAAGAGACCCCAUGGCCAUCUGACUUUCGCUGUCUAACUCAACAUGGCUGUUGUGUGGCACAGUGACCAGCUGGGGACAGUACAGGCAGCUCCCACUCCUGCUAUUGUGGUAUACUAUUACAGUUAUUUGAUGAAAGGAAAUAAGCUUCACGGUGUGAAUAUGUAUGGAAAUAAUAGGUAGUGAUUGUUCACAAAACCUCCAUCUUGUUAGAAUCACAUCAUCACAUCUUUCCUGUCUUUCCACCUGCUGCUAGACAACCUUGCAGGUCUAAUUGUAGACUUCUCCCUGUGACUGCAGUGCUGCUGGCCAGCAUCGUUAACAAGCCCACAGCAGUUUCCCAUCUCUCCACUCAUUUGUAAAUGCACAACAAAGAUUUCUGUGCAUAUCUUGCACUAAGACUACAGCUUCUUUUGACAGUUGUGUAAUAUGGAUGACAAUGCAGUACGGCAGGAAAAAAUACUUUAUAUAGGCUCAAUGAGGAGUGAGGACACUGGAGUCUGUGGCCUACAGCACCUUAAAGGUGCUUUAUCUUAUUUCCAGACAUUAAUACAAAAUCUGACUCGUUGGCUGACACAAAAUGACCGAUGAACAACAAAACAUAGCACAUUAAACAACUGACAAUGUAUUGAUCCCUGACAACAUAUUUAGUCAUGGAUCUGAGCCUGGACCGCUGCUUAUCCCAGAGGUUUUCUACUUCUGUCUGAAUGUGCUGAUAUAUGAACUUUGUCUGUGUCUUGGGUUGAGGACAAAUCCAAGAGGAGACACAUUUAAUAUUUUUUUCUUUUUUGUUUGAUAAAUGUCUUGUAUUUAAAUCAUUAUUUUCAAAAAAAUAUUUACUACUGCAUGUUUACACCUGCAGUAUUUUGCAGCCAUGUUUUGGGGAACGUGUGAUGAUAAGCUUGAGAAUCACUUGUCUGGUCUGCACUUGUGUUCUGGUGCCAAAGAUGAGUGAAAAACCAAGAGUUUGAUGCACUUGUCUUAAAUAUUUGACUUGAACAAAGCCUACCGAGCGUCUGAUAAAGAAAUCAUUGUGUGCCUUGUUUAAACUGAGGUACUUUAAAUAAGUGAUGCGGCACUGUGAAUUAUAGAUUUUUAAUUCCCUAUCAUGUUCGUAUGCGUAACAAUAAUGAUGGAUCUUUAGUUGCCAUAGAAACAUGAUGUACACUAUGUCAACUGUAAGCAAUGGGAGCUGCGCUCCAGUUUGAUUGGUCUUUUUUUUUUUUUAAUAAAA